CACAGGCUAUUAUAGGAGCAUAGAAGAUAAGAGGGGCCGUACAUAAAACCCACCCCGGCAUCACACCUCGCCUGGGAGUCCACGUACGAUCACUCAGACAUGGCAAGUAAGAAGGCCUCCAAUAAGAGACAGAGAGGAGGACAGAAGUCUUGCUCCAAUGUCUUCUCCAUGUUUGAGCAGUCCCAGAUACAGGAGUUCAAGGAGGCUUUUGGCUGCAUUGACCAAGACAGAGAUGGUGUCAUCAAAAAACAGGACCUGAAGGAGACCUACGCACAGCUGGGGAAACUUAAUGUCAAAGAUGAAGAACUGGAUGAGAUGUUGAAUGAGGGGAAGGGACCCAUCAACUUCACCGUGUUCCUGACUCUUUUCGGGGAGAAACUCAACGGUACCGAUCCUGAAGACACCAUACUUGCAGCGUUCAAACUUUUUGACCCUAAUGGGACUGGCUUUGUUAAUAAGGAUGAGUUUAAACGAUUACUGAUGAACCAGGCUGAUAAAUUCACAGCAGAAGAAGUGGAUCAGGCCUUCGCUCUCGCUCCCAUUGAUCCCUCUGGCAACAUCGACUACAAGUCACUCUGCUACACCAUCACACAUGGAGACGAGAAGGAAGAAUCCUAACAAGGACCGUAAUCCAACACUGGCUUAUGAUAUGCAAACAUUAUGGAAUAAUGCUGGAAUAUCUGAUUCAUUCAAGCUCUACUGGAUGUAAAUGAUGCAUUUCUGUUGGUAUUAAACAUAGACUCAUUAGUUUUUACGUUACUGACAAUAAAGUGUUUAGCUCCUCAAAA